AUGCCUCCGGACAAGGUGAAGCUGGAGGUGGCAGCCAGCAUGGAGGACGCCAGGGAUGCCCCAGAGGGGGGCCGGGUGGCUGAGGGAUGCUCCAGCCCCGCGGUCCCGAGCCCCUCGGGGGGGUGUCCCAGCCUCUGCAGGCCCCACACUGAAACCUAUAAGCGCCUUUUCUCCAGCUUCUACUCCAAAGGCAACCACCCCAUCAUGUCUCCGCUGGCCAAAAAGAAGCUGCUGGCCCAGGUGAGCAAGGCAGAGUCCUUGAACUGCCACAGACGCCACGGCUCUGAGGGCUGGCAGGCUGGCUUCGCCUCCGCUGAGCCAAGGGGCAAGCGCGGCCAGGAGGAGGCGGCAGCGGCUUUUGGCCCCUCUGCAAAAUUACGCGCCAUCUCCCCCUUCAUCAAGGAGGCUGACAGCAGGGACACAGGUGCUGGCUCACCCAGGGGCCAGCAAGGGCUGGCCAAACCCAAGGCGGUGGUGGCCAGCCCUGGCUACGCUACAACACUGCCACAAGCCCCGGACAUUUACAAGGGAGCAAUGCUGCAUUUGCCAGCAAGUUUCGGGAACCCACUGGAACACCUCAAAGCCCAGGGGGUGCCAGUGGUGCCAUCCCUCUCUGUCAACCCCUUCAUUGUCCCCGCUUUCCCCAGCCCUUUGGUGGCUGCCUCCACGCAGCCCUCCGACCUGUGCCGGCCGCUGGCGACUGGCCCUGGGCACUACCCGGCAUCCUAUGAGAGCUCGCUGCGGCACCGGGUCUACCCG